CAAACAUUCGACAAACAGAAAUAAGUAUGGAGUAUUUGGUUCCAAGCAAAAAAAAAGGCACUGAUCUAUUUUAUACUGUUAAUACAGAAUUAUGUAAAUGUACAUGUUUUGUUGGGCUAUCUGGAGCACCAUGUAAACAUCAGGGUGCAGUAGCCGCUAAAUAUCAUGUUGAGUCUCUAAAUUUUUUUCUGUCUUUAAUGCCUAAUGAUUGUACUCACUUUGCAUAUAUUGUAUGUGAAAUGAUUGCAAAUGACUCUUUCUACGCCUCGUUACGUACACACGCAAAUAAUUACCAAUAUAGACAAUCAAAUAAAAUCCAAAUAGUUGCUACAAGUGAUAGUAGUGUGGAUCAAAUUUUAGCAAUUGAUAUGAACGUGGAUAAGAUUGUACCUGACAUAGAUACAAACCAUAUUUCGGCAACUAAUAUGAAUUUGAAUGAGGUUGUAUCUGACGUGGAUACAAACCAAAUUGCAGCAACAGAAGUAACGGUCAAGAAUGAUUAUGAAACUUGUGGCCCACAACUUAGAUCUGCUCUCGAAAAGUUUGCUGAGAGAUACAAUUCAGCAAAAACUAGAUCUAUCCUGGUGUUGGUAAAGAGUAGUGCCAAAAUCCAUGUGCAAGUAGAAUCAGUAAAGCAUAGGAAAAUGGAAUCUGGUGCAAAAAAAUCAAAUAAUAAAGAAAAUGAUCCACAUGUUAUUCUAGCACGAAAG